AUGCCGUAUCUUUGCUUUAAAGGUCAGAGUGGAGCUGGAAACAAUUGGGCCAAGGGUCACUAUACAGAAGGGGCCGAACUUAUUGACUCAGUGCUUGACGUUGUUCGCAAGGAAGCUGAAAGUUGUGACUGCAUCCAAGGUUUCCAACUAACUCAUUCAUUGGGAGGUGGAACGGGAGCUGGACUUGGGACUCUGCUAAUUAGCAAGAUACGAGAGGAAUACCCGGAUCGAAUCAUGAAUACCUUUUCUGUGGUUCCUUCCCCAAAGGUGUCCGAUACUGUAGUUGAACCGUAUAAUGCAACUUUGUCUGUUCACCAAUUAGUUGAAAAUACAGACGAAACUUAUUGUAUUGAUAAUGAAGCACUUUAUGAUAUUUGCUUCCGUACGCUCAAGCUGACAACCCCAACUUAUGGAGAUCUGAAUCACCUAAUUUCCGCUACCAUGUCUGGCGUGACGACUUGUCUGAGAUUUCCCGCUCUCAUUCUCAAUGAUCGCUGUCGUAAAAGUGCCAGAUAUCAUGUAGUGUUGAUCUAUCUAUCUAUCUAUCUAUCUAUCUAUCUAUCUAUCUAUCUAUCUAUCUAUCUAUCUAUCUAUCUAAGUCUCUUUCUUUCUCUCUAUCGAAGUCGCUUUCUUUCUUUCUAUCCUUAUAGGAAAGUUCUUCUCUUACAAUUUCUCUAUUCUAUCUAUCUAUCUAUCUAUCUAUCUAUCUAUCUAUCUAUCUAUCUAUCUAUCUAUCUUCCAAGAAAGAAAGACAUAUUCUUAAUACAUUAA